GUCAAUUUCAAUGGCGCCAUUUUUGUUGUCCGCGACUCAGACAGAGUUUGGAAUAUUUUAAUUUUUCGCAACAUUUCUAGUGGUAAUCGCCAACGAAAAUCUGUUUCGAUGCUCAUUAAAACGAUGGAGAAUAAUGAAGAAAUCCUUCAAGCACUGCAUGGUAAGUUUCAGUUAGAAAUUGGGUGAAUUACGGGCAAUGAAAUUGGAUUUUCUCAAUGUACCAUUUUUGAUAUUCGCGGUUCUUUUGACGAUUUGUCCGGCAGAGUUCGAGAGCGCAACAAAUGCAGAGAAAGUCCUUACACAAGAAUUAGAGGACAUGCUCUUGUACAUCGCCAAGACAGGGAGAGUCUUGUAAGUGUUCAUCUGUCAAAUAAUUCUGUAGCUAACGUAAUGUCAUUUUUGAGAUGUUAAUUUUUUGUUACAGAAGGCCGCAUGUGUUUGUUAAUGAAUACGAUCAAGGUUCUCUCGCGUAUAGUUAAUUCAAAUUUUUGAUCCAUAGAUAUUUUCCGUCGUAAAGUUGAGGAUUAGCCGGCAAGAUUGCAUGCUUCUGUCAAAUCUAUGUUUACUAUUUGCACGCCGGCAGCAAUAUUGUCCUUCUACUUUCAAGUCAGAAUUUGGCUGAUAGGCCGGCCAGCGGAUUUAAAACGUGGUUUGCCCAAAAACUGCUGAAAGGGUCUCUCUUGCCAUUAGUCUGGAAAAGCAUACAUGGCCAUUGAUCAGCACUUUCCUGUUGCUUGCAAGUCAAAUUGCCAAUUAUACCCAUUUCUUCUUCCAAUUAAGCCAGCCCACCUUCCCAAAUCACAUUCCCCCCCCCCCUGUCUUUUUUCCACCCAGCCCCAAGCUCUCACCCUCUCCUCUCCUCUUGUUGUUUACAUAGAAACUUCUCAACUACUCAUAUUUGGCAACUAAAGAGAUAAGCAGGCCAUGUUAUUCAUUUAAACUCUGCAAUUGAUAGACUCUUUGGCCAUUCUCGUUGUGGCUGCUGUUUUAGUUUUGUUUCUAGUAUUGUUGUAGGCAUUCUCCCAUAUGACCUAGUUUUACUUUGGUGAAGGGUUUUUUAGCUCUAUCAAACUAAGUUUAGUGGAAGACUUCUCCAUCAGAAACAAUUUUUAAACUGCAGAAUGCAUGGCUGGAAAUGUUGUGCAUUCACUUUGAACUGUAGCAGAAUUGCUGCACCAUGGAAUCAUGGAAAACCUUCUGGAAAGUAAAUUUCAGGACACAAAUCAUAUUAGCCUGUCUUAACAGUUCCAAACAUCGGUGAAUUUACUGGUAAAUCUGUUGACUUGAGGGAAAAUUUUAAUUAAUUUUCUACAUGCUGGUAUACAUGUAUAUCAGUGACUGCUGAAUGUUUUUCAAGCCAUUGCGAACACUAUCAAAGCUCAGACUGUUCAUUGAAUGAGGAAAAAAGGAUCUGCUAUGUCACUGGAAUGUGGACAUGCUUUUUCAGGAGGAGUUAUGGGUGGGAUUUGGUGCUCUGAGUUCAACUUUUUUUUUUCCAAAAUCAUUAUUUGGUAAUCUUCUAUCACAAACUGGUUGCUAUAUAAUGAUUGCCUAAAAUCAUCACACAGUUGAACUAUGAGGCUGGGCUAGGCACUACUAAGAAAUUACUUCAACUGUUUUUCAAAGUUUUUAUUUUGUGUACCUUUGUGUCCAACAUUGUUGUAGAACUGUCUUGAGGUCACUGCUGAAAGUGUUAUCAUUCUCUCUUCAGUAUGAAAGUUAAACCAUUGUCACAAAGUACAUAUAUUUUUGGGGAUGGCUACUCUAUGUAAACUUUCUGUCAUCCAUAUAGUUUGAUUGCAAACAGUUGUCAGGGAAAUUUUCUAGUGCAUGAAUUAGACAUUAUCUGUGAAAUAAACAUAUUAUUUUAUUCUUUACCACAGAUUUCCAUGGAAUUCAUUAAAACCUGUCUUCUUGUUUAAACUUGACAAGGUAAAACCUAAAAUUUUAUUAUACUUUUACCAAUAAUACUUAUACUGCAUUUUUCAACUACAUUUGUCUGGACAGAGCUGAGUACAUGUACAUGUAAGGUCUGCGUAUGUCUGAGAAAUACGUUUAUGAAUCCAUAAAAACAAAUUAAUGUGGUGGUUGUUUUAAGAAUGUUGAAAGCCAGCUUAAUGUCCUUCAUCCAUUAAAACUGUGAUAUCCAUGUUAUUGUAGCCUAAUCUAUGCAAAAUGCAUUUGUUGCAAUCAAAAUACCAUGGUUUGCUGUUAAAUUUUAUUACGUGUGCAGAAAUAAGACUAUGGUAUCCAAAAUGUGUGUGGUUCUACCAUUUUAGUCUACUGUUGUUAUGGUUUUAAGCAUGAACCCACAAAAUUUGGUGAUAUGCGGGAAUGUUUUUCAGCUCUGUCAAGGUACUGUGCAUUUACACAAUUUAUGUCAAUUUUCAUAUACUGAUAACUACUUGUAUCAGGAGAACAAUUUCAAGGAAAACCAGGAUAAUCUCCAUGUUUUAAUAAAAAUAGCUCACAAAAUCAAAAUUAAGGCCACAAACUCUCUGAUCCUCAAGACCUACCAAACCUCUUUUUUGCUGCCUUCAGUUGUUAAUCAUUAACAAAUAUUUACAAGUAGAGACAUUGAAAUGAUACAAUUGCAAUAAAUUGUGAUGCAGUCCAACACAGUUUUGCUGAUGGUUUUCCAGCAGUGUUGAGCUGAAGGAUUGAACAUUUAUUCAAUAGCAGUAAAGCUCUACUGCUUGUUUUCACAGCUCUGUGGCUUUUUUUUUCUCCAAGCACCCACAAAAUUCAGGCUACUUUACCAGUGAUCCUUCAGGAAUUUUGAUUCUGGCCUUAGAGGGUGGCAGCAUUGUUAACAGCAGCUUAGAGCAUUUUCUGUCAUCUGGCUAUCCAACUCCACAGUGUGCCUGUUAUUGUAACGUGCAGUGAGGCAUAAGAAUCAGUCUGUGCAUCUCUAAAUCCCCUAUAAAACAAAAAGGUUAUACACAUGUAUAUCAUAAUGUGUGUUAACUAUAUAAUUGUACAGUGUAUGUCAUAGGUAACAGAAUGGAUUGAGAAACGAAACCUCAACUCAUUACUUGGCUGAUGAGUAGUGAGACAAAAGUAAGUUCUCAAUACAUUCUCGUUUCAUGCUGACCAGGAGAGUACAGGUGUUCAUGUGCAUGUUUGCAGUUUGUCAUACAUGUACAUGUACCUGUUCUUCUAUGCUAAAUUUGACCUUGUCUCAACCACUGGCACAUGUUCUGUUAACAUUUACUAGGUAAUGCGAGAAUUCUUUGAGAGCAGCCCAUCCAGGAAUGCAUCAUCUACUGAACCAACGGUUACAGCAGACUUUGAAGUAAUGAGGCAGAGACUUUUGGAUUGUCUGGAUUCAUUCACAAGGUAUGACUGAUGACGAUAGUAGUAAAGAUGGAUUUGUACAUGUACAGCAGAAUCUCUAUAUCAAUAUGCUCUAAUGCUUUUUACAACACUUUGUGGAGGACUUUGGCCAGAUAGCAUCAAGCAGUUUACAAUUUGUUCUUAGGGAAAUUUUAUUGGGUGCCCCCAAUUUAGGAAUUGUUUUGAAACAAUUCCAGACCACAACACAAAGAGCUCCUGUAUUUUCCCUACUCUUUGCAAGAAGUGUGUGGGUUCUUAUUGUUGGCUGCAACCCAGUACAGAGAAGAUGUAGGAGAUAGGGCCUUUGAUUUAUUGUCCUUAUUGGAGGAAACUAGAAGGGCAAUUAUUAGCAGAUAUCUCUGCUGCAUUUUCCUUGGUUAUCUCAACACCCUGACUGUUGGUCCAGUCUGGGGCAAAAACCUUCAACCUUCUGCAUAGCAAUCACACAUUACAACCAGAUUCAUUGUCCUUAUUGGAGGAAAUUAGUAGGGCAAUCAUUUGCAGAUGUCUCUGCCACACAUUUUCCUUGGUUAUUUUAACACCCUGACUGUUGGUCCAGUCUGGGGCACAAACCUUCAACUUCAUGCACAGCAAUCACACACUACAACCUGAGCUACAUGUAACCUUCAUACAACAUUUUAGCUUUCCUGAGAGUAGUGAUACAAAGGUAUACUACAUGUAUUUUUGAGCAACAUUUAUAUGCCAACCUCAAGAAUGACAGGAACAAUCACAUGUAUAUGUACAGUUAGUACGGUAGAACUACAGUACAUGCUGUAUCACAAGAUUUCUGGUUGUUUUGUUUUUAGUCUCUGAAAUAAAGUGCAAAUCCUUUGUCAGCUGAUAACAUUUUUGAUCAGCAUAAGACAGUUUUUUUUAUGAACUUACCAGUACACUAAAGUCACAUAAAUGUACAGGUAACAAACAGUUCCUUGCAUUUUUUUAAAAUCAAGAUCAAGAUUAACAUGCACAUUUAUUAGGGUAACAAUUUUAAAGCUCUACAGCACCUCUCCCCCCCCCCAAAAAAAAAAAUAGUAAUUUAAUAAAUAUAAUAAUAUUGUAUAAUAUAGAAUAUAUAUAUUAUUAUAUAUUGUUUGUAAUAUUAUACAUACACACUGUAAUAAUAGUAAUUUAAUAAUGAUUAUUAUAAUAAAUUAAUAAAACAGGCUUCAAGGGAAAGACCAUAAGUUCACCGUUUUGUCACAACUCCCCCAUCAGGAAUGUGCAAGUGUAAAUUUUCUCAACAACCCAAUAUUGUCAUUUUUCUUUAUAUCUACAUUGUAUGAUAGGUAAGAGUCUUAUCAGAUCUUUCCUUCUUAUCAGUGCACCUUUUACUAUCCAAAGACUUUGUGAGUUGAUGAUGGAACCCAGGAAAAACUAUAGCAACAGUGAAAAAUUCAUGAGAGGAGUUGAGAAGGUAAGUCAUAGUGUGCUAGGGAAGUCAUAUUAUGAUUGCAAAGCACAUCUAGGAAGGAAUCAUGGAAAAGUGAUAAAAGUCAGAUUUCCAAUCUUUACAUGUAGGUCCAGAGAGUGAUGUUGUUGCAAUUCCUGUUUGGAUUCAUUUGUUGUGGCCCAAAGUUGAAUUUGUUCAUGUUUCAUGUACACUUGUACAACUAGGAAGUAACCAAGACUGAUUUGCUUCAUAUCCUGUCUGAUUGGAAUUUGGGUGAAUUAUUUCAAAUUAAAAUCCAUCUGUUAAGUUACCCCCAAUUCUUUUCAGUGGCUGCUUUAUGUUGCAUAGUGCAAAAUCACAGGACAGUUCUCAGGCAAUAUGCCCCAUCUACAUCCAUAUUUGUCCUCCAAUUACUAAAGCUUACAGAAACAAAGCUACAUAUACAUGUACCAGGAAAAAGCCUGUUCAAGAGUUUCACUCCUUCAUCUUUAUUACUUUAUAUGGAAGAAAAAUGAACUAUUAUGUAGAGUCUGGGGAUAAUGACAUUGAAAAGCUGAUUUUAAAUGCUGCUCCAGAAAGUAUACUGCACAAGAAAGUCAACACAAUUUUCUGACAAUGCAUGACACAAAAAUUAAUUGAGGGGAUGUAAGAUAAAUAAACCUCCUUUUGGUUGAAAUGUUGUCCCAAAAAAUUCACAUUUGCCCCCAAAGCUUCACUUCUCAGCCAAAUAUUAAUUUAUAAAUUUCUUGGACAAUGUCGCAGCCACAGACAUAACCAGCCUCCAGAAGGGGUUUAUUUACUAAGUGAUUUUUAAUUUUUUGAUUAGAGAUGUAGACAUGAUGUAGACAUUGCUUCAUGAAAGAACAUGCCCUAAAAGUACACCUACAAACUGAAAGAAAUUUUGAAGUUGAUUGACAAGAAAAGAAGAAAAAACCCCAACAACAAAUUUUAGUACAGAAUAUAUCUUUGGACACAACUGGGUAUUUUGUAAGUUAUCAAAAAGUAGUGAUCAUCUCUCACGGGGAUGUUCAGUACAUGAAACUAUCAAAACAGCUGUGGCUUGGAUUGCCUAAGAUCACAACAUAAUCAUUCAAUUUGUUAGGUGCAGAUUUGUUUGUUGGUUUUUGUUUCCAUUUUCAUAUUUUAAAUCAUGGACACUGUAUUGUUUUCAGAAUGUACUUGUGGUUAGCACAGUGGAUUUUGGUAGAGAUGAAGUUGCAGUGUAAGUACAUAUAAUUGUUUUUAAUGCUCUUAAAGCCCUCAAACCUUAUUAGUGACUAAUUGGUGAAAUGCAACUUUUCCUAACAGUUUCACUGCAGCAAGUAGUUAAUAGGCAUGGGUAACUUUAUCAAGUUGACAGUGCUACAUAUGAAUAUGAAAGUGAUCUUUGCAGUAAUGAACACUCCUUAAGCAGUAGUGAAAAUAAGGCCUGAAUUUUUUUCAGGCCUGUAUAAUUUUUUUCUGGCCAUAUUUUUACCACUGUUUAAGUAGCGUUCAUUACUGCGAAUAUCGCUGUCAUAUUCAUUUUUCAAUUCGCAGGUCACAGAUAUGAUUUUCUUACAUAUACAGUCAGUGCUACAUGUAUCUUGAAGUAUGAUCACCAAAUUCGUUUAACUAAUUCAGAGAGAAAGUUUAAUAGCUGUAGCGAGAAAUUCCCUUGUCCAAUUCUGAUCAGGGAAGAGACUGUACCAAAGAACAUCCACUGACACUAUAAAUACAGUUACCAUAUAUGGUUCCUCUUACUGAUCUACCUAAGCUUGCUACGGAAUAAUUUUGGUGUGUGUUACAUGUCCAUGUACGUUUGUUGGUAAUUUUUUUUUCCAUUAGCGGCGUUUUUCGAGUGAAUACCGCAUAACAAAUUUCUUAUCUAAUUUCUACCAGCUAUGGUCUCACAAACAACAUUGAUGGGCAACACACGUUGUCAAAUGUCCCUAAUGGUCCAGUUACAAACGGAGUUAUGAGCUUAGGAGCCUCGUCUGAAGGAAGCUUUGUCGCAGAUCAUGGUUAUGACGAACGACUUUCACCUCAUGUCACGCCAGAUAACGUGACACAAAAUGUCACACCAGGCACAAAUGGACCUACACCUUUAAACGCCCAUGAAAAUGGACAUGAUACUCAAGAACAUUAUAAUGAAGCCAAUUCAACAGCUAAUUCCACGGGAGUGGAAACAGCAGCCUCGUUAGCUCCACCAGAACACGAAGUACGCGAAGAAAAGAGUGAAGUACUGAGUACGAGAGAUGGAGAACAUGUUGAACUAGAGCAGGCACCAGAGAGAGAUCUUAGUGAUGGGUUGCCUGUGACUUGUGCAUCCAGAAGUCCUGCAGAAGAAAAAGAAGCCGCCCAAGCACUUCAGGAAGAUUCAAAACAACCAUCAACAACGGAAAUAAGUGAGUGGAUAACUUGAAAUUUAGAGAGUACAGUGUUGUACAUGUUAACAUGAAUGCCAAAGAAUCACUCUAUAAUUCAGCCUACAAGCCCCAUCAAUCUGAACCAGGAGAAAAUUUAAAGUCAGUUUUCAGCCCCUAAAGCCUGUUUGCGUAACAUUUCCCUUCCCCUGCCCUCCCCUGCUCUCCCAUGUCCUCCCCUCCCUUCCACCUCUGGACACUUUUUCCGGUUGAAGUCAUUUACACUAUAAGUACAUGAAAGCAAAGGAAAUAGGACGGAAAACUUCUCUAAAUAACACAAUGAACAUUACAGAAUAAACGGAUUAAAAGAUUAAAUGAAUCAAUUAACCACUCAAAAUUUGUUUUAAAUUCGUUUCCUUUCAAUUUCUUGUUUUUUUUUUAUUUUAUUCUUAAAACUGUUUUUAACUUAAUUUUCAGAAAGUGACUCAGCUGAGCAACAGACUCUUGAAACAGAGACUUCAAAAAGCCCUGAGAAAAUCGAAACAAAUGGAGACGAAGAGCCGAUGGAUGAAAAUUAACAUACAGUUUACAUGAACUUCAGAUCAGUGAUAAUGUUCCUAUGUAUCAACAAAUGGCUGUUCUCAAUUCCUUCGAGUUCGAAAGACAAGUAACCUCACAAGAUGAAGAGAUCGUGGCCGCAUAAACCACAUUUUGAAUGACACCUUCAAGUUGUUCAGAACGAUCGUUCAAACGAAAGAACAUUCUAUUAUUCGUAAAAUUUUUAUUUUAUUAAUAUUUUGUUGGUUUGUUUUCUCAUUCAUUGUUUUAGUAGGAAAAUGUCUUUAUAGACCUCAAAAGAGAAUUUUGGCUUUAUAUUGUCCAAUCAAAUUGCAUUGCAGACUUUAAUGUUUCCUCUCUGCAGCCAUUACUUUGCAGACAUGUUUUGUAGGGUUUAACUUCUCACGUGUAGGGGAGUCAGACUUAAUUUCUUGACUAAUAGACGGAAGUUCUGCUCUAAGUUACCUUUUCCUUCACUUUUGUACUUUAUAUCUUCGCAGUUAACGCUAUCCAUAACUCUCAAUAUUGUCAACUUUCUUUACACAUUCCGUUUAAUACUAUGCGUUUGUCUUGAACGUGCGUGUUCGGGAGUUUCUCAGGUGUUAUUUCUGAUGUCGUUCGCCUUCUUUUGAAACUUCCUUGAUCGUGACUGCUACUUUCACGUGAUUUUUACCCAUUCAGUUAUCAUCAUUCAAUUCUUUCAGCCCUUUUUACCAACUCUCCAUGUUUUAUGUUCUCUUCCUUCUUCCGUAGCAUUUCUUCAAGGCUAUUUUUGAGACUUUCUCUCUAGUUUUGAUUCGAGGAGAGAGAGAACAUGGAUUUCAGUAACAAAAGUUUUCCAAAAGAGAAGGUGACGCUAAUAUUCGUCAGCUCUAUGAAACAUUAACUUGGGUUCAAUUUAACAUUAUAACAAAGGCUAUCAUAUGAAAGGUGGAAUUUUCUUUUUUUAUCUAUAAGUAGGAAUUGCCUUCCCUAAGUGUAGAAAGCCAAAGCAAAAAAUUAAAUUAGUCAAACAACAUUAUUGACAAUUUUUCGUAAUCUGCUAAUGCAUUGAUUAAUUUGAAGCCUCAACAUCGAUGCACCCCCCCUCCCCGGGGGAGUUUGAACUUUUAAAGAUUGUUUCGUCCAAAGUCCCGCCUAACGGAGCAAAAUCUGUGUUGAAAUUAAUUUUUGUUGAAAUUUGAUGGCCAAUUUUUUUGUAACAGGCUAGAUGAGCAGCCGUGAUUUUCUUACAGACCUCUAAGCAACCUGUUCACAAAAUUGGUCGUUUACCUGUUUAAACACCCCCAUAUUAAAAGAUAAAACACGUGUAUUCCACGAAAAGAGUGGAGAGUGCCGCUUCAAAUUUCCCACCCCACCCAAGCAAGAUUCAAAUUUCACCUCCCCAGGUGGGAGGACAGAAAUGCUUGUGGUUGCCUAAUGGUGAUGUCGAAGCUUCGAUUAAUCGGUGCAUAAACUAUUUUUACUGUUCGAACGCGAAUUGCUAAGCUUUUUCACAAUGUGGCGUUACCUAAGUUGCUCACCAAUCUCAUUCCCAGGGAAUUUUGGUCACUCUUUUUUUCCCGACCUAUGGUCAAGGGAACAAGGACUCUGCAGUAAGACUUUUAUGAAACGUAUGAGACAUACUGAAGGAUUUCAUUAAAACUUCUAAAGUAACCCAUGGAAAGGAGACCAUGUUAUCUGCGCAUUUAGAUGACUGAGUUUUUCCCAAUUAGCCUACUUACUCCAAUAUCUUAAAUCAGUACUAAUUUUUUAAAAGUACCCUUAAGACAGUCUCAGAUCUAGUGUACAGACCAGGCGUCAUUUAGUAGGGGGAGGGAAAGGGGGCGGUGUUAAGGCGAGUGGAGCUCGAGCUUAGCUUCAAGUGGGUCGCCCCUGCACGUGCUCGCUUGUGCUCGCUUGUGCUCGCUUCUGUUCGCCUGAAAAACGCCAAAAAACAGAUGAUGCCAGUUCUUCAAGUUAUUACUUAGCUUUUUUGCGUAUUUCGUCACGCAAUUUACUUCCCCGUAGCCAAAGGGCUCCUAACGAGGACUUAUAUUUAUACGAGUAGUAGCCGCUGUUCAAGAAAUGAGCCCGCGCUGUUCCCCUCCCCACCCUUGAGAGUCGAAGGCCGGAUCCGAGUAGACGCCAGAUAUAGCGUCUGAGUAGGAAGACAACGCCAAACAACGGUGGCAAAGUGCCAUUUUCUCGAGAUAUUUCAAACCGGUUUAUCAAAAUUUCAGCCUCUAAUAGAAAACUGCUGGUAGCAUCGAUCGGUUGUGGACGUCCCGUGAUCAGCUUUUUUUUUCAGGCUCUGUCAUUGACCCUCGUUUCCAAGGGGAGAAUCAUAACGAGUAGGUGUGAACGUUUAUCCGUACGACCUUGAAGUAAUCCGGCACUGAGUGAGAGAACGACUGAAAGGUGGCAGGUGUGUUUGUGACUCUGUUUGUUAUUGUUGUUGUUCUUAUUCUCAUCAGUAGCUGGGUGGAAAUUGUUUUCGAAACUAGUAAACUGCUUCUCGAUAGAAAACAAGUUCCGCUCUAAUGAAUCGUUUGAAUAUAGCUUAUUGUACACGGAUCUGCCCUGUAUAAAUCCAUCGUAGGUGUCGAUAUUUCACUGAUUUGUGCGUGCUCGUAAGCGUCCUUAGAUUAUCAAUCAUACUUUUUGGUCUAAUAUCGGACGACGUCUUCCAUUUAAAAGAUCAUUGACCUUGCGAAAUACAUCCUCAAUCGAAUGUGAUCGAUCGUUCGAGUUGGGAAGGAGGUCGAUUCCAUUGCAAAUUGGGCGAUCGAAAAAAGUGGUAUGCGGAACUUUUUAAGCGCAUAAUUGUAUUUGAUUUGUUUGGAAACCGAAGAAAUUUGACUUAGCCUAAAAAUUAUCCCUGUUCUGAUGCGAGAAGGAGUACAUCAGUCUAACAAUGUACAUCUAAAUAAGUUGAACACUGCAAAUUAAUUUAAAACAAAAUAUCUUACGAAAGCAAAGAAACUUCAUGAUUCUCUUUGUAAGAUCGUUGUCAAUCAGCUUGCUCUCUACUGAUUAAAAAAUUGUUGAAAUGUGGACAAAAAACCCUCAUUUGCCACGUGGAAUUCCCUUGUGAGACAGAAGUGUUGUUGAGAGGAUAUGACUCAAUUAUAAAUAAGUGGACAAUUUGGUACAAUCAACUGCCUUUAAUUCGAUUUAAGUGUUCAUUUCCUCACUUUAUAAGGGAAAGUAUUAAAACAACAAGUAAUUAACUUAACACUGGAGUAAAUCUGUUUGAAGAUGGUAGAGAUCGAAGAUUCAUAAGCUCCCUUUUGAAAGCAAAUCCAUCUCAAUCUAAUUUGCAUUUUCCCUCAUUUGUUUUUCCUUGAGUUACAUCAAAACUUUAAUGUGCCAAAAAACCCUUUUUCAUGAAAGCAUACAGAACUUUGGUAACUUCAAGUUAAGGUCAACUUUCUCAAUUUCACUGAAUGAGGGACAGCCAUCAAAAUUAAGGGUGUAAAUGGGCAGGUCAAAUGAAAUUAAUUUCAUUACAAAUUGCCAGAAGUGAAUGUUGAUUCAAGAGACUCAUAUAGUGUACAAUUUUAUCACUCUUAAACUCCCAGAGAUCAAUGCAACCUAUCAAAAGAAAAAAAUGUUGGGAUGAUUACCAGUAUUGAUUUUCAUCGUAAUUUUGAGCCAUAUAUCAAGAAUUAUCUUUUAUGUUGUAUAGUUGCUCAAAAAAAAUCCAGUUGAAAAUGACCAUUAAAUUGACUUUUACCAUAAGCAAAACUUAAGUAGAGUUUUCACUUCCUUCUGCAUUUUAUUUUCACACCGUCCUAUAUGGUGAAAAUUUACAACAUUAAUUAUAUUUUUCUAACUUAUUUACAGAUACCCACAACAAGUGAUACUCACAAAUAUGGGUGGAAAUCAGUCCAACUUGCCUCCCCGACCAAUGGGCUUUGAAUACAUGUGUAUUGCUGUUCGUGAAACAGACAAAUUGCGCAUUGUCCUUGGCACAGAUCGAGAAAUAAGCAUUAUCCGCCAGAUAAUUGAAGAAUCAUGGCCCAAAGGGAUUCAACAAGAGACAUUCAAAAUGAAUGGUGUGCAUGAAUUCAAGUUGAAAGGAAAUCCAUUCUGUGCUGGCACUUCAUCAAGUGAUGCAAUCAUUUCAAGGAAAAUGGCUGGAAAUGUUCUGCACAGGCUUUACCGUGAUGGAUGGAAGCUUCAAAUGUCAAGCGACCUAACACAGACAACAGAUCUCACAACAUGGAUUUUCAAGCAAGAUACCACUUCCAUCUGUCCAUCUUUGCCAUUUCUCAUUGUGGGUCUCAGCAGUUAUGAUAGUUUGAUGGUACUCAAUGGUCCAAUGGACCUCCAUCAAACGUUCAAGGAUGUCAUAGAGAAGUCCUGGCCCCAAGGAAUACAGCGAUGGACGUAUGAGAAUGAUGUUUUAAUGAUCAAAUUGAAGGGAAAUCCCUGGUGUGCCAAUGGUGAGGAUACAGUACAUGCCAGAGUGAUUUUACACACUCUUAUUGGUGCACUGCAGGUCAAACAGUGGAAGCUCUAUGGAAAUUCCAACCUUAGAAGUAGUGCUAACACUCUAUUUUUUGAGCAUGAUCCUAAUAUUGUGCCUGGCAUGCAGUUUUCUCCCAUCCCUGGAAUGCAGUUUUCUCAGUCACACUUCACAAUCAGUUUCAACAGUCAUGACUUGUUGAGACUGAUUGGUGCACCAGAGGGGCUGGUGUCUGCUGUUCGCAACACUCUUCAGACCUUCUGGUCAAGAGGCAUUCAAGAAGAAAGAUCCUAUGCCAGCAGCUGGCAGUUCAAGCUACGAGGCACUCCUUGGUGGGCAUCAGGUGAUGAAGCUGUGGACUCGAGAUUUCUGGUUUUGAAGGUGCUCGAAGCUUUGCAAGCCUAUGGAUGGAGUGUGGCGGCCAGUGUUGAUUGCUCAAGGAAAGAUUCUGACAAGAGUAGUGUGAUCUUUAAAACAUCUCAGCCAACUCAGUCUCAUUUCUUCUGCAUCAGUUUGCAUGAGACUGACAAGUUGCGGCUUAUAAAUGCACCUGAGGAUGUCGCAAAGGUUUGUGAAAGUCUUUUCAUAUGUCAUUUUAGUAAGGAAGCAAAAUCUGCAUUAACCCUUUAACUCCCAGAAGUGAUCAACAUGAAACUUCUCCUCAUAAUAUCCUUACACUAUCCAGCAAAUAGGUAAUGAGAAUAUUCAAACUUAUCAGGCAGAAGUUAUAAUCUUGAUCUAACACCAAAUUAUCAUUACUACUUUACCAGGAAAUGUGUAGCAGCUUGAGGGGAGAAUUAAUAAUUUGAUAUUGGGAGUUAAAGGGUUAAAUUAACUUUAAGUUGAUGUAUUGAGUAAGAUACCUCAGUGCCUGUAUUUACAUUAAAGACUUGCCUGAUAACUCCCUGAAUUGUUCUCUACUCAGUCCUAUUCACUACUAAAAUUAUAUGUCUUGCUGUCAAGAUAUUGACAGUGUUUAUGUUCAUACACUGACUAGUUAACUUGCUCAAAAUAACAACACUUUUUACAUUUCUACAUGUUUUUAUCUUUAAGAUUGAUUGUACAGAUUUCAAUUGAAGUUACUGUUUUCUUGUCUUUCUCAGAUUUGUCAGGAUGUGAUCCAAUCCCAGUAUCUUCUUGGCAUUCAAAGGGUGCAGCUUUAUGGUAAAAGCCUUGAGUUCAAAUUUGUGGGUAACCCUUGGAGUUGUGGAAUAGAUGGUCAUGAUGGUAUCCAUGGCAGAAAUAUGUUACUGCAUAUAUUUCGUGCUCUAGCGGGCCGCUUUUGGCGUCCAGUCACGUCAGCAGAUGUGUCAGCCAAAUAUAUCCACCAGGAAAAUGGUCCUGAUUAUCCAUUAGAUGUGGAUUCUAUAUUCUUUACCUACGAUCCUUCUGCUGCAUCACCAUCUGCACCCCCCUAUAUGCAGCCACCACCUUAUGGCUUUCUCCCACCCAAUGAGGCUCCACCACCCUUUGCUCCACCUGCCUAUGGUGCAUAUCCAAAUCAGUGAUAAAGUGGUAUGACAUCUAGUCUUGCAUAUGAAAUGAUUACCAUAAAUGGUGCUCUGAAAGAAGCCUAUGACUGUAUAGUGUCUUAUAAUUCCCAAAGGAUUCUGAGUUACAGGAAUGAAACCAGUCCUUAUUAUGUCAAUUACAAUCAACUACUAAUACUGUUUUGUCACCUUAUUUAAACCCCUUGGUGGGGGGACUUGUCAUGGAAAAAAGGUUUGUUAAGGAGGGGGGGGGCAGUAAGUAGCUUUGAGGGUUGGCAGAUUUGGUCUUUAAAAACUCACAGAUUGUGCAAUUUGCACAAAAGUAAGCAGAUUUACAGUUUUGGAAAUUGCUCUGGAUUGCGAAUAAGUGGGGUGGUUUAGUGGAGUUCUCCAAGACUUUGUCUUACUUAGAGACCCUGAUGAGCUAGCAAUUCAGUUUCGAACACCUAAAAAGACAGGAAACUUCAUGUAAAAUCAAUUAAUAUCCUAUGGAAGAAAAGCAAAGUAUAUGUAGAUACAUUAUGUAGUGAAAUGAAAGCAAGCUAGUCACAAAGACAGUUUUUCAGUAAUGCUGAUUCAGAUCUCAACGAAAAGAAUGUUAUUUUCACGGAUCUAGCUAGAAAUUAGUUUUUACCUGUCGGCAGAUGUUUUAGCUUUUAUUCUCCUCCCUCUUCAAGAAUAUUAUUACUUGAUAAUAACGUCACAACUCUUUCUCUCUCAUACUACGACAAUUUACGUCAUAAUUGACAAAUGAGUAAAAAUGGGGAAUUAUUCCCCAGUUUAAACUUGAGAUAUUUAAUAAUCCAUGCGUGAUUAAUUGUGACCCGCUCAAUCUUUCGAAAUUAAUCAAUUACUGGUGUAUUUAUAUUAAUGGAAAAGGGUGUUACAAAAAUAAAGAAACAAACAAUUUGAAUUAAAUGGUACUGAGCAAUUCAGAAUUAUCCACAACUUUUUUCUGUUAUGAAAAUACGUUAUCAGUUGCCAUCGUCUUUGGAAAAAAUUGCCUUUUAGAGGAACGUAACACAUCUUUCAUCAAUAACUAUUCAUGUUACUAUUUGUUAAUAUGUGGCAUGUCAAAACAUUAUUUUUUUUAUCUAUAUUCUCUAGUAAUCGACUAUUUUGAUGUAACUAUGCGAAAGGGCAUUCUUGACUUCAUCAUGAAUAGAUAUCGUUUUGGUAGAAGAAAAGAAAAAGAAAACGAUAUAAAGAUGCUUGCGCUAUCAAGGCAUGACAGAAUAUAAGGUACGUAGAGAAUCAGAAAUAAACUUUUUCAAAAUU